CUUCCGGCGAGGGAAACAUGGCGGCGCCCAUGCCAGACUCACGUGUGAGUGCGGGGAAGAAACUGAAACAUACCCUGAAGAAGAAGAAGAAAAUGAAAAAGGUAGCUCGCGCGGUAGUGUCGGAGCUGGAGGAUGAAGCGGGAGCUGUUUCCGGGAGCGAAGGUUCUGAGGGAAGCUGUGGAUGGGGAGUGGAUCAUUUGUCUGAUGAAGAAGCAGUAGAAGCUGACAAUGAGGAUAAUGUGGAACCCUGUGACAAAGAAAUGGAAAAUGCUGCGGAAUCGAGUACUGGGACUAACACAGGCUGGGCGGAUGCCAUGGCUAGAAUCCUUAACAAAAAAACUCGUAAAAGCAAGUCUACCAUUCUCAUCAGAAACAAAGAUCUAGAGAAGGAGAAAGAAAAGCUAAAGCAAGAAAGACUAGAGAAAAGAAAACAGCUUGAUAAGAAGCGGGAGUGGGAAAUGAUGUGCAGAGUAAAGCCAGAUGUUGUCAAAGACAAAGAAACAGAAAGAAAUCUUCAGAGAAUUGCAACAAGGGGUGUGGUGCAGCUAUUUAAUGCUGUCCAGAAACAUCAAAAGAAUGUGGAUGAAAAGGUAAAAGAAGCAGGAGGCUCUAUUCGAAAACAAGCUAAGUUGGUAUCUACUGUUUCCAAGAAAGAUUUCAUCAGUGUUCUGAGAGGAAUGGAUGGGAACACAAAUGAGAAGAAUCCCAAAGCCAAACAGAGUGAAGCGAAGUCAGAAGAGGGCCCCGGUUGGACGAUCCUCCGCGAUGACUUCAUGAUGGGAGCAUCUAUGAAAGACUGGGACAAGGAGAGUGAUGGCCCAGAGUGACGGCAGACCAGGAUCUAUCUGCAAGUGACUCCGACACAUAGCAUAGGAAACAAAUGCUUCAUCCUCUGACAGGGAGUUAUAUAGACGUCAUUUGUUUAAAAGUUAUCUUUUCAGCCUUUGUAAAGUUUUAAGUAUUUUUUCCUCAGAAUUUGUACAAAGUAACAUUUCUGUUUGACAAGAGAUAUGUAUUUGCUAGAAUCAUUUUAUGUUUACACAUGUUGAUUAUAUCUGUUGGCGUGUUGCUAAAAUUACAAUACCAGCACCUAAUUACAGUGGACUCUCAAGUUCAUAUUCCUCUACCUGUCAGUAUCUGUACUAUAAAGAAAUAAUUGGUGUCCUGUUUGUUUGUUUUGAUAAACUAUUGAGAAGAUUGAUGUAGUAAAAUUAAAAAUUAUAAUAUUUCUCAUUUGGGGAUAUUGCCUUUAAUUUUCAUGAAAAUGGCAUUUAAGAAACAUGAACUCUACUUUUAUGUCUCUUCCUUUUAUAUGCCAAAUAAUAAGUAGUUAGGUGGUAUUUGCAUCAGUUACUGAGUUAGAAAUUUUCAUAUUUAACUUAUCCAGUGAAUUAGGAUGCAUAUUUAACAUGCUUUAGUUAGUGGCUCUCUAUUUUCCCUCCUCUAAUUAUUCAAUUAGCUUAAGUUUUCUGUAAUAGACUGCCAGCCAUCGAAGUGAUGGAAUCAUUAAACAAGUAAUCUGUAUCAGAUACUGCAUCAGAUUUGAGAGUUGCUUCCAUAUUUUGUCCAAAAGGUUAUGAAAUUGGAUGACCUUUGGUGUGUAGUUGUUAAACAAGAAGAAAAGAGAAAGAAAGCAAGACUUUAAUACCCGUUCAAAAUUUCUGUGAAACUUGGCCCAAGCUCUAAAGUUUAUAAGGGAAUUACUUAAUAAAUAUGAUCUGUUUCUUUUUGAAAAUGAUCCAUCUCUUUCCCCAUCUUUCCAUAGUAAAAAUAAUUCCUUCCUACCACCCAGUUGUCCUCACUUGCAUCUGUUAAAUAUUGAAGGAUAAUCCUCCCUCCAAACAAUGCACUGGAACUGAGAUGUUUAUAUUGUCAAACUCUUACGAGUUUUGCAAGUGUUGUAUGAAUAAAGUUAACUGAGCCCCUGCCUUGGUACAUUUUAUCAUAAAGGAAAGUUGUAUGCCCAGGGUAUCAAGUGGUUAAAAUAAUAAAGCUCAAAAUGCCUUUUUA